AUGACCCGCCUCGAUUCAAGUGAUCUGACCGUUUGUAUCACGCAAGACCCGGCACUAACGUCGGAACUGUACGGCGCCCCAGCGAAGUCUGCUAAAUUUGAAGUGACCUCGUUUCAAGGCGCCUUGAAAUCCGUAGAGGCGGGGAAAGAGACCGUUCGAGAAUCGCGUACCGGCAAAGCCCGUCGUCAGGCUGCGGCUGAAGCACAGGCGUACAACGAUCUGUCCAUCCAGACGAGCCUGGGCGGUAUCCCUCGUGCUGACAAGGCUAAUACUCGGGGUGGUGGUUCUCCUUCGGUCCAUUUCUUCAACGACGAACUCUCCAAAAGCAACUCGUACCUCGCCGCUCCGUCGACGAACCAGAACCGCGCUACGUCACCGAAGUCGGAGGGGUCUUCCCAGAUGCAAACGCCGACCCGCUCCCUCUGGAUCGGGAACCUCGAUAGCUCCGUCACCAGCGAACAGCUCAUCCACGUGUUCGCCCCGUACGGUGCCAUCGAGUCGCUCAGGUUGCUGCCUGAGAAGGAAUGUGGCUUCGUGAACUUUGUCGACCAGGCGGACGCGAUCCGCGCCAAGGAGGACGUCCUGAACCGCCUGGGCGGAGACGUUGGCAUGCCGAACGGGCAGACCGUCCGCAUUGGCUUCGGAAAGGCUGAUAGCGCGCCGGUCGCUCCCGCGAAAGUCACGAACAUGAACAGCCCGUCGGCGACCUCGCCUGGUGGCGGGCUUGGUAAAGCGACGGGUAACAACGUCGGGCUGGCGGGCAUGGAUGCGCAGCUGCAGUCUACCCCAACAAGAGCGCUCUGGAUCGGGUCGAUUCCAUCGACGACUACGCCCGCGACCAUUCUUAGCGUGUUCAGCCCGUACGGCCCCAUCGAGUCUGCGAGGGUUCUCACGCACAAGAACUGUGGCUUCAGUAAGGUUUCGUCUGUCGUCUGUGUACAUGAGGUUGUUCGGGAGGUUGAUGUUGGUGCCCCAGUCAACUUCGAGCGUCUUGACGAUGCAGUUCGCGCUCGCAAGGCUCUCAACGGCCGCGACGGCCUGGGCAGCGACGUCGGCGCUAUCCGCAUCGACUUCGCCAAGGUGCCCGUCAAGAACGGUUCAGAGGGCACCGGCGGACAAGACGAGGGCAACGGCCUCAACGUCCAGGGCGUCGGCGAUCUGAGCGUCGGCGCGACAAUACACGCGCUGCGCAACAUCAAGGGCGCGACCACUAUUCCCGUCGACCAACAGGUCCUCAGCGGUGAGGUAGAGAACUACCGCUCGAACCUGUCACUGAGCAUGAUCGCCUCUGGGGCGCAUGCUGGCAUGUUCGACUCGGCUGGCAAGCCUGCGGGUUGGACUACGGCGGUUACGGAGCAGCAGAUGGUCAUGAAGGAGCUCAGUGGUGGAAGUCCUGAUGCUGAGGCUGACGUUCAGGCCCUUGCAGAGUUCCGCCCUCCGAUGAUGUACUACACGACGAUCCCGCUGGUGUCUGAGAGGCCUCACAACAGACGGUGGGAUGCGUCGAAGCUGCGUGAGCUCCGCAAGAGGCUCGACACGAGCACGAUCUCCACCGAAGAAGUUGACAAUACCGCGGCCGACUUCCUCGACGGGGAGAUUGUUGACCUCGCGUCCGACUGGCUUGGUAACACGUUAUGUCUCCCUUCGGAUGUCCGCCAUCGAUCUGACAAGUGCCUCUACGUCGUGCAAAAGCUUUUCGAGAAGUGCUCUCCAACGCCUCGCCUUGCCAUGCUCGAGCGCCUCAGCCGGCACCUCGCUAUGAUCGGUAUCCACAAAAACGGCACGUGGGCUGCGCAGAAGAUCAUCGAGUGCGUGCAGACUGCAGACGAAGUGGCUCUCGUCACGCAGAACUUGAGGCCCUACGUCCCGCCGCUCUUGUUGGACCAGUUCGGUAACUACGUCAUGUGUCUGCGCUUCGGUGCACCCGCCACCGAUUUCUUGUUCGACGCGAUGGCCGACCGUCUCUGGGAGAUCGCUCAAGGCCGCUUCGGAGCUCGUAGCAUGCGUGCCUGCCUCGAGAGCAGCAACAUCACUGUCAGCCAGCAGCGCCGCAUCGCUACUGCGAUCAUCCUGAACUCGAUCCCGUUGGCGACAAACCCGAACGACGCGCUGCUCCUGACGUGGCUGCUGGACACGUCGAACUUCCCGUCGAGGUAUAACUUGCUCGCGCCUCGAUUCACGCCGCACCUCUCGCACCUAUGCACCCACAAACUCGCAUCGCUCACAGUGCUCAGGAUCGUCAACCAGAAGGUCGAGCCCGAGGCGUCUACGCAGAUCGUCGAGGCCCUCUUCUCGUCGCCGGGCGAUCACGUCCUUACCGACGUGCUGGGCGAUCAGGUUAACGGUGUUGCCGUUGUCCACAAGAUCUUGACGAGCCCCUUCGUUGACCCUACCCAGCGCCCGAGCUACGUAGAGGCCACCAAAAGGGUACUGAUUGAGUUGAAGGUCGGCGCCCUCAGCUGCGUCCGCCAAAAGGUGUCGCGGUGCAUAUUCUGGCCUUCGCCGCCGUCUGACAGCGACAACGGUGACCUGCCGCCGACCAACUACCCCGCGGGCUUCCGGAGGGCGAGGGCGGGGACCUUGCCCUCCAAUGUCCAGCUCGCAGCUCAGCGCUUCGCCGCGGCAUCGAGCACGCUGAGCAGCUCGACAGCAGCGGCAGCUGCCACUGCGUCGACGGGCUCGUUUCAGGAGCAGCUCCAGCGACAGAGCUUCGCACCGCCCGCGUCGACGGCCCCCGUGCGACCUGGUUUACGUCACUCGGCCUCGGUCGCUUCUUCAGCUGCUUCCUCUGCAUUGACUGAGCGGGACAGCCGCCUCCGCUCUGGCUCACUCACCCUCCCCUCGGGCGGUCUCUCCAACGCGUUCGGCUCGUCCCUCUUUUCGUCGACCUGGAUGCCCAGCCGCAACGGUGGUAUGCCCGUGCUGGACGAUCUGCGCUCAGUGACGUCCAUGGACUCCGGCGCAGAUGAUUUCGAUGUCCACACGCUGGACUAUCUGGGUCUUGACGAGACCCUCCGCCACCCGCCCGCUGCUACCAUCUCGGAGCUACGCAAUCAGGCCCAAGCCGCGAUCGCAGGCAAUCUCGCUGCGAACCCGUCUAGGCUUCGCGCUACUACCGUGUCCAACCCGUACCGGCCUUCUGCAGGCGCUUCUCUGCUCGCCACUCCCAGUGCAGAGGAAGAAGAGGAGCUUUAUGAUGAGCGUAUGUACGGCAGGCAGAGUCUCAACGCCUACCAGGACACGGAGAGCGACUAUCUCUCCGCUGCGUACGUGGCGAAGGGCUUCAAGCAGAGCGACCACCUCUCCGUCGGUCUUGGUGAUGAAUAG